AUGGCCAAGAGCACGUCUUUUGUCCCGCCUGCGAGACCCAGUAGCACGCCGUUUCCCCAUUUCGAAACUCGAAACCCUCAGAUAAGCUGUUUGGAGGAGCCAGAGUCCAGCUCAGAUGCCAGUGGCUGGGACAGGGCAUCGACCGAGCCGAUUGACGCUGCGUCCGGAAGCCCGCCCGCACGGCAUUUCGAAGAACUCCCCACUGAAGUUCAUGAGGCGAUUCUCGAUCACAUAUUUGGGUACUGCGUAUCUGCGACGUCGAGAAGCACCAUGAGGAUUUCGAGCUUGACUAGAGGGUGGAGCACCGCGCUUCGCCAUUCGCGGAGGCGAGAACUCACUGCAUUAGCUCUGGUUAAUCGUGUGUGGAGAGUUCUGGUCCAGCAGCGACUGUUCCGGCAUAUUAAGCUUAAGGCGACGCUCGAUUCGAUCAACAAUGCCAUGGAGUUUUUGGUUCAGCAACAGCAUCUCUCGUCGUACAUCAAGCACAUUGAGAUUUGGUUUCCUGUUUUUCAGCCGACAUAUGGGCCAUUGGCGCUGACCAACACUCUCACGCUACCUACGGUUACGACAGAUGGAUUGACCAACGCCACUUACACCUUGCCGGGAAAUAAUUGCACGCUCGAACAAGUAUUUCAAUUCGUCGCCGCGGCGCUUCCGGAGACCAAAGUACUUACCUUGGAAGGUGGAGAGCGGCGCAAGGCGCCCAGGGUCGUCCAUUUCGAUAUGAGAAAUCCUGGCUUGGCGGAGGAGGAGGAGAAGCAACUUCUGCACCUCACCUCAGUGCGUACCCUGGUGACCAAGGGCCAGUGGAAUUUGAUGAGAGACAGGGACGACUUCAGAGUCAUCAUGAAGGCAUUACCUAACCUGGAGGAGUGGCAAGGUUCUUACAGCAAACCAAAGUCUAAGAGCUACAUCACUGCUUCAGAUUUCCUACCGCUGCUCCCGAAUCACGUCACCAACUUUUCUCUCUGUAUGGAAAGCGACUAUCGACGAGAGGGAGUGAUGCCAGCUUUUUACUACAAGGUGGCACAAAAGGCUCAUCUCUGCUCUAGCUUGGCCGUCGUUUUACCAUCAUUGGAACAUUUUGCCUACACAGGACGUGUCUGCCACCAUCUCUUUGAUGCGGCAUCGCGCCUGGCCGAUCCACUGACGACCAAACUCAAAUCUAUUGAUAUCACGGUCAAAAACUGCUGCCGCCGGUCUUUUAGCUUCCAUGAUUCUGGGUCUGGGAUCCAAGAUAUGGCAUUUAUCGAGGCCUUUGAAAAACUGGUUCUCUCUGCUGUCCGCUCAAUGGAAAAGUUCAAGAGACUCGAGUAUCUCAGAAUUCGCUUUGUCGACUUAGAUUCUGUACUGCCGCCGCUGAAUCCAUUCUUCUUGAUGCAGAAUGGCAAAUGCACUGGAGUCUGGAGCGAGCAAAUCAUAGCCGAAUUGAACAGGGUCCGACCAAAUACCACAUUCCCCGGACUGAGCGAUACUUUUGGCAGCAUUGUCUACAGCAAAGAUGGCCGUAUGAUUAUUGCGCCUGAGCCAUCUAGGGCACGCAUCACUUCUCUGAAAUUGUCUAAUUAUCGAUCUCUCGCAACUAGAAUUACCAUCCAGUAA